AUGGAGACGGACGCCGACGGGGACGCGUGCGACUGGCGCGGCAUCAUUUGCUCCUCGCCCCACGGCUUCAUCGUCUCCUUGAGGCCGUCGAACGCGUCGCUCAAGGGGUUCAUCGCGCCGGAGCUCGGGCAACUCGGCUUCUUGCAGGAGUUGUAUUUGGAUCAAAACCUGCUUUUCGGCACCAUCCGGAAGCAGCUAGGCUCGUUGAGGAACCUCAGCGCCCUGGAUUUGGGCGCUAACCGGCUUGCUAGCCCUAUUCCUCCUGAGCUGAGUGGACUGAAUAGCGUGAGCGUAAUAAACUUGCAUUCCAACGGGCUAACCGGGAACAUACCACCGCGGCUGGGCAAGCUACCAAAUCUUGUUCAGCUUAGGUUGGACAGGAACAGGCUGAAAGGGUCAAUUCCAGGUGGCAAUGCUACUAGUUUUUCUCCUAUGGAAGAUACCGGAACCAAAACGAUGAAGCAACUGAAGAAAGCCACGGGAGAGGAGAGGACUCCAAGAGAUGAUCCAAUGCGCAUCGAAGGGUACACGUGCAGCAUCAAGGGUUGUUUGAUGAGCUUCGACAUGAAGAAUGAAUUGUCCCUGCAUGAGCGCCACAUCUGCCCGGUGGAUGGCUGUGGAAAGAAGUUCUUCACGCCCAAGCAUCUGCUGUAG